AUAGUUUGCUUCCGGUUUCCUUCCGGUUUGCUUCGGCCCAUCACUGCCAUCAUUUGUUGUUUUUUCAAGUUAUACAUGAUCAUUUCAAAACAGCCAUAGAGACUGAAGAGGAGAGGCUUAUACACGCUUUACAAACAUGAAGCUCAACAUCGAUGGUCUGUUGGUGUAUUUUCCAUAUGACUACAUAUAUCCUGAGCAGUACUCUUACAUGCUGGAGCUGAAGAGGACUUUGGAUGCUAAGGGUCAUGGAGUCCUGGAGAUGCCUUCAGGGACAGGGAAGACUAUCUCUCUGCUGUCUCUCAUUGUUGCCUACCAAAAGGCAUUUCCUUUGGAAGUGACCAAGCUGAUAUACUGCUCCAGGACUGUUCCAGAGAUUGAAAAGGUCGUGGAGGAGCUGCGGAAGUUGAUGGAGUAUUAUUCCAAGCAAACUGGUGAAAGCAACAACUUCCUGGCUCUGGCCCUCUCCUCCAGAAAGAACCUGUGCAUCCACCCUGAGGUGAGUGCUCUGCGCUUCGGCAAAGAGGUUGAUGGGAAGUGCCACACCCUGACAGCCUCGUACAUCCGUGCCCAACGCCACAGCGACUCCAGCGUGCCUGUGUGCCGCUUCUACGAGGACUUUGAUGCCGUCGGCCGACAGGUGCCUCUUCCUGCAGGCAUCUACAACCUGGACGACCUGAAGGACUUUGGGAGGAGGAAAGGAUGGUGUCCUUAUUAUCUGGCACGCUACUCGCUCCUGCACGCUAACAUCGUGGUGUACAGCUACCACUACCUGCUGGACCCAAAGAUCGCUGACCUGGUGUCCAAAGAGCUGUCCAAGAACUCUGUGGUGGUGUUUGAUGAGGCUCACAACAUAGACAAUGUGUGCAUAGACUCCAUGAGUGUGAACAUCUCCAGACGGACUCUGGACCGCUGCCAGGCCAAUGUGGACACUCUGCAGAACACCAUCCAGAAUAUAAAGGAGACAGACGCUAAUAAACUGAACAUGGAGUACAGGCGGCUGGUGGAAGGGCUGAAAGAAGCCAAUGUUGCCAGGGAAACGGACGUCUACCUCG